GUAUACAUAAAACUCUGAUUUCAGUCAAUAAAUGACAUGUGUUCCUUAGUGACCUAACCUGGGAACUGCAAUGACCAUUGUUAAUACUUUUUGCUCUUAUGUCUCCUUAAAUCUCCAGAGCCAAUCUCAGUCCCUCAGUAUUCACCUUAUCAUGAAAUUUAUAUCGUUAUAGAUAAUAUUUAUCACUUACCAAGCACUUAGUCUGAGCCAGAGACUGUCCUGUAUGUUCUGUCAGCUUAUCUUAGCUUUUUAUAUGUCCUGUCGGUCCUUCCUCUGAUAGUCCUUUGAGGUGGGCACCAUCCCUGGGUCCAUUUUAUAGAUGAGGAAACAGCCGAGGGAGAUAAGUAUUUGUCCCACCCUAGUAAGUGGUAGAGCCUCGUAGCCUAAUCCCACGUUACAUGCUGACCCUCUGCGGUUGAGACAGCUCCCUCAGACUUACUGUAGCGUAUUGUAGCAUAAAAAAAUAUGUGAGUACCAGAGAACAUAAGCAAACCUCACCUUUGCUUUAUAUGUAACAUUCAGUGCAUUAUAUUAAUUCUUUACACAGUCAUUUCAAUAGCUAUGAUUUGGUUGGUGACAGUUUAUCAUUUGCAAAUGCUCUGAGCCAAAGUUUUCCAGCUUCCCAGCAUAUCUCGGACUUCUUUAAUAUUUUUUUUUUGGACUUCUUUAAUAUUAUAUAAAGCCCUUCAGUACUGUCAGAGCUGAGGAAUUUGAGUCACAUUAAAAUGUGUUUAUUUCAUUAUCUACUUAGUGCAUUGUAGGACAUGUCAGCAGUGGUUGUUCUUUGUUUUCACAGAGGUGGAACAGGACCGCCCUUACUUUGCAGUUUCUGAAAGCGUUUGAAGGCAAAAAUUCAGGUGUUGCUGGGAGCAAUGGAAGGUCACAAGGCAGAAGAAAAGGUGUUAGAUAUUCUUCGACUGAAUGUGGGUGGCUGUAUUUACACAGCCAGACGUGAGUCCUUGUGCCGCUUUAAAGACUCGAUGCUGGCAUCCAUGUUCAGUGGUCGUUUUCCUCUAAAAACAGAUGAAUCGGGGGCUUGUGUUAUUGACCGUGAUGGACAUCUAUUUAAAUACCUUUUGGAUUAUCUUCAUGGAGAAGUUCACAUUCCCACAGAUGAGCACACCCGAGUUGCUCUCCAGGAAGAGGCUGAUUACUUUGGCAUCCCUUAUCCGUACAGCCUGUCUGACCACUUGGCCAAUGAAAUGGAGACAUAUUCUUUAAGGUCAAAUAUAGAACUUAAAAAGGCUCUAACAGACUUCUGUGAUUCCUACGGUUUAGUUUGCAAUAAGCCAACAGUUUGGGUUCUCCACUAUCUUAACACCUCUGGUGCAAGCUGUGAGAGUAGAAUCAUCGGUGUAUAUUCCACAAAAACGGACGGAACAGAUGCUAUUGAUAAGCAGCUGGGAGGAAGAAUUCACAGCAAAAGCAUUUUUAAAAGAGAGGCGGGAAAUAAUGUUCAGUACAUUUGGAGCUAUUAUUCAGUAGCUGAACUGAAGAAAAUGAUGGAUGCCUUUGAUGCCUGGGAAGGAAAAGGUGUUAGCUACUGGCGGGUGCCUCAUGAGCUCAUAGAAUGUUGGACUCUGGAAGAGCGGCCCUUGCUCGGAAGCCUCCGUCACAUGGCCCCCAUUCGAAAGAGGCGGCUGGCGGCGUGCAGUGACGAGGAAGACGAAGGUGUGAACUGCAAGGCUGGUCCCAAGCCGGUCAGAUUCCUGGGCCCUUCCACCAGCACCCAGAUUAAAGUCAAGAACUCGGCGUCGGUCCGGGUGUCCCCGGCCGGCGCCCCCCAGUCUGCAGGCGGGAAGGCAGCGCCGCGCUCGGCGCCGCCGAAGGCUCCGUCCCCGUCCCGGGCGGGUGCUGCGCUGCCGGGGCAGCCCCAGGCUCCUCGUGGGGCCGGGAGCGCGGAGAACGGAGCCGCGCACCCGCCUCCCGCCAAGGUCCUGCUCUUCGACAAGAAGGCCACCCCGCCCCGCGUGAUCAAACUGAAGCGGACUCCACUGUGCGCCGCCGGGCCGUCCCCGUCCGCCGCCGCAGAAGCCAGGCCCGCGGAGAACCCCGCGCCGGCCCCGGAAGCUCCCGGCGCGCACGCGCGGACUGAAAAUGGGCGGGGCCAGGCUGAUUGACGGAAGUGGCUAGCUCACCUCCCGGAGUGUCCGAGCGUGCGCGGCUCUUCCGUGGCGCUGUUUCGUGGAGCAGGAGGGCAGGAAACCCGGGUUUCUCUUUAGGAUCAUUAUGGGAAAAAUGAAUUGUGUCAAGUAGGCAUGGAAGAGGGAGACUUUAAGUGGUUGGGCCUAUCUUGUCCCAACUUGGAAAUGGUUGUCUACUGACAGUUUGAAUUUCAGGUUUUUAAUUUUUUUUUUUUUUUUUUUUUGAUGGUUCAUUGGUCUUAAGGCAACAGAGCAGUACAGUAAAACCAUCACUACAGAAGUGCACUUUGUUGCUGAAUAAUUAUAGACUUUAGGCACUUUUGUAAUGUUACUCAUUGCUGCCCAGGGCCGAAUGGGGUUAGAUAUUCCCGUCUGGUGAAAUAGGGGUACAUUAGUGUUUCCCUGUGCUGUGUCACAGCCAAGAGAUUUGAGAGAAAAUUCAGACCCAGGUGAGCUCCCUGCAGGUUUCUUUCAGUCUCAGAAGUCUUCGUGAAAAGAAAUGACGAGGGGGGAAAAGUAGUAAUUUAAGGUCACACUUUGACUCUGACUGAAUUGAACUAUUUUCUUUUCCUAGAUUUUUUUUUUCCUUACCCUUUUUUGCUAGCAGAUUUAUUUAUACAUCAUAAGAAGAUGUCUUUGGAUGAGAACAAUGUAACAUGUCUUCAGAAUAAAUUGUUAAAAUAUUUUAUUUUAAUUUUGAGCAGUGAAAUUCUGAAAGUACUUUGAAAAGGAAGUUAAGCAUUAACUUUUAACUAAAGUUACUACUUGUUUCUCAGGAAUGACCAAUGAGGAGUCAUUCUGAUUAUAUAAUAUGGUUUUUAUGCAUAAAAUUCCCACUUACCUUGAACUUAAUAUUUUUAAACAGAAUAUUUUGAUUAAUCCUCUAUUUUUUCACAACUAUUCAGUUGUAUGUGUCUGCUCUUACAUUUAAGUUUUAUAAUUGGAUCCCACAUUUCUACCUUCAGUAAGCAGUAUACCUUCAGUGUAUUAAAAAUAAGUUCAUAAAGCAGGGUACUUUUUACUCUGUGCUUAUCAUUGUACUUGCAUUACUUUGAAAGGAUAGAGUAAAUAUACUCAAAACAUUACUUUUUACAAAAUAAAUUAAGACAUUUCCAUAAAAA